GUGUCGUGGGUACGUAUUUGGUUGUGAAAAUUUUUAAAUUUUUGAAAUAUUUUCAAUAUUUAAAUCAAGUUUGUGAUAAAUUUGUUAUUUUCUAAUAUAAAAAUGUUUAAUGGUGUGUUAAAAUAUAUAAAAAGUGCUGCAACUAAGAUUGAAACAUGAGAACUUUAAAAGAAAAUUUCGCCGAUUCAGAAGUAUAUGCUUUGCAGCGUCAAGCUAGGCGAGCCGUCAUGAAAAGAAAAUUCAUCUUCGUAUUUUCUUAUAGAUGCCUUUGCUAACGGAAAUCUUUUGUAACUAAAACUCCGUUUUGACAUCACACUAAACUAUUCUCAUCAUAAUCUAAAACACCAUCGAAAACGAAAUAACAAAAUCAACAAAUACUUAAAAAAAUAAAAAAAAAAUAAAAAUAAAUAAAACAAGUUAAUCAAACUACAAACCCCAACAACAAAAUCGCGCACGAUUAAGAUAUACCAAUAUUCUGAACACUGUUGCAGAUGUUAAGAAGUGGUGGAGGAAUAAAGAAAUCCACACGAAUACUUUCUUGUUCCCAAAGUUUAAAUCAAUCACAAUAAAAAAACUUUCAUACAAUUUAUGAAUUAAAGAAGUCAUAAUUAAUUUAAUAUCUUUUUAGCGGACAAUAAGUAAAGUCUGUGCAUUAAAUACUUGUGAGAAAGUGCUUAUUCGUACGUGCUCGUACGCGAGCUUUCGGGCUUUAUUUUUUCUUUUUGGUCGAGUCCAGCCAAAUAAACCGUAACGCCGAUAAUUUAUCUAAAAAAUACUCUUAAUACUCAAUAAUUUUUGGAGUAGAAAUUUAGUAAAAUAUAAACGCUAUCCACUGGAAACGGUAUUUAAUAACGUAAGAAUCUCAAAACAAAUAAAUCAAUUUGGGAGGAAAUAUUAUCACGCCUGACAAUGUAAUGAUUGUUGUGAGAACGAGGUGAAUUAAAAAUAAACCGAUUCUAUCCGUUAUGAUACUCUGCCACAUGGGAACUGCAAAUAGUUAAACGGCUAAAAUUGGAAUCGAUAAAUCCAUCAUUAUAUUUUCAUAAACUCAUAAAAAACAUUCCGAGGUCCGAUACUACUGACUUAAAAAAUAUUGUCAUCGCCAGCAGUUAGACUGCUUUUUAAAAUACACACAAAGUAAAUAAAGUUCAGCAGAAAAUAACUACGAAAGGAUCGUCCAGUCUUUCCUGCGCCAGUUGUGCUCACCCCUCAGUUUUGGAGGCAGAAUAUUCUGUUAAAUUUAUCCCAAACUCUUAAUAACCACGUAAUUGAAAUAAACACUCCACCUAUUCCCUUAAACACAGCUCCUAAUCAUUAAAUCUUCAUUGCAUUCAUACAGGUUUUAAAUGUUAAUGGAAGCAGUCCAACUUUAAAAUACUAAACCACAAUAAAAACAAAAGCAACAAAACCAGCAACAAAAAACAACUGAAAAGAAAAGUUUUAAAGUACAAAACGCAAUAAGAAAAGAAUUAGUUACAAGCAAACAUAAAUAUAAAUUAUAAAAAAAAACUUUCAGAAUAGAAAAUUAAGAGUGUUGUGAAAAGAAAUUUAAAACACAAAAAUUAAGAUCUAAGACUACAAUAAAAAAAGCAAAACAAAAUAAAGAACGAUUCACAACAAAAUAAUUACAUAGAUAUUGGGUAACGAGGGAGUGAAAUAAAAACCAAAACACAGAUAACGUAGCUUUGUAUUCGGUGGUAUAUUUUAUGAUAACUAAGUGCGUAAAGUGAGAAAAUCAAUAUAAAAUAAAUUAAAUACGGUCAUAAGAGCUAACGGUGAAAAACAGGAUUUAACUUUUACCCACUGUUGACAAUUAGACGGCAUAAUUCCUGUCGUCCAGGUAAACAGCAAAUAAACAAAUGCCUACUAUGACUUGGUGCUUAGACGAAAGGGAUAUGUAAACGCUUUUGAAAAUUUCCAAAAAUAAUAGAAAUAAUAGAAAAUUUAAACCGAUUGAACAAUAUCGAAAAGAAAACCAGGCGGAAGUGCAUGACCAACGAAGCGAUUUAUUUAAAAAAAUAAAAAUAUAUAUUGAAGAGAGCAGAAUAUAACUAAAACUACGUAUCGAAGGAAAUAGCUGUAGCAAACUAGUUGAGCCGAAAGCUGCAAUGAAUGCAGUGUAAAAUAAAAAUAAGUAAAUAAUUGCAAGGUAGCAACAAUGAGUUUACACCAUUCUUCAAAUAAACAUUUAAAUAACAAAUUAAAUCUUCAAUAAUAAAAACAUUAUUAUUUAACAAGGAGUGAAGGAAUCGAAAAUAGUAAUCCAAAAAUAUAUUUCCAAAAACUGAACUCAAAUAUUAUAAAUCACUUUUACAUGUGAAUAAAUCAUAUAUUUUACAAUAAUAACAAUACUACUGGUUAACUACAAAUAUCUAGAGUAUAAACAGAUAAAUAUAAAUAUAUGAAUUAGCAACGAAAAAAAGGACAUUUGUUGGCGAGCAUUUGCGCGCUUGCUCUGGACACUCAAUACGGAGAUAGUCAAAGAAAGAUCCGGGAACCAAUCGCGAUAAGCUGAAAGUCGGAACUCAUUUAGACAGACUGCAAAAAUAAACCGAUGAAAUUUAUAACAUAUAUUAAAAAAGAAAGAAAAUAACUAAAUUAAUUUAUUAAAGAACGUUUGCGCAUGUGAAUGUGUCUAGUACCUAUAGUGUGUUUGUGUGUGAAUGAUACUAUGCAUCAAUAACAAAAUAAGACAAAAUUAAAUAAAGGAACUGUUUAUAAAGAACAACAAAAACACAAACAAAAAUUCAAAGAAAGAUUUAACAACUCUGUGAUAAUUAUUGUAAAUUUAUAAUAUAAAAUAAAACAAAAAGUAAGGAAUAGCAACAAAAACAAAGAUUAUUAUUACAAAACAGCAACAAAAGAAAUUUUCGUUAAAUUAAAUUGAAUUAAUUACUAGAAGUAAAAAAUAAAAUUUAAAUAUAGACGUAAAACUACAACACAAAAUAGAAACAACUAAAGCAAAUGCAAAUGAAGAUAAUGAAACAUUGAAACAAAUUCGUGAUAUCUUAAAGGACUUCGAUACAUAUAUACUAUAGUAUAUUAUUAUAUUAUAUUUUAUAUUAAUUAAGUGGAUAAUAAUAAGCUUAUAUAUAUGAGCAAACAGACUUAAAACGCGAAAAAAAUACAAAAGCAUUAAUCGAGCAGCUCCUGAAGUUUAAGAAACACUGAAAUAAACUGGAGUACUGUAAGGAAACGUGCUAAGGACUAACGUAGUAUAUGAAUAAUAAAAAGACUUUGCUACAUUUAAAGCUUAGAUUAGUAAAUAACAAUAACAUAAAAACAGCAGCCCAGUAACAAAACAACAACAAAAACCCAAACAGCGAAUCGGCAGCAAAGCUAUAACAGCUUAAGUUUAACUAUCAAAUGCUUUAGUUACAUCUUCAAGAAAUCUCUCUUAAUAUAAAAAAUAUAUGUAUAUCAGAUUUGUCUAUAUAUAAAGCUAAAACUUUAGAACAAUAGCAAACAAAACUCCUAGUGAUACACAACAAGUAAAGUAGUGUAAAACGUAUGAGGGCCAGGCUCAAACCAUGAUUGAGUAAUGAGAAAUUUUCGGCGAAUCAUAAGAAAUAAAUAAUCACGUUUAUAACAUUUAGAAAGCAAAUCAUAACAUCAAAUGAGAUUGACAGAAUACUAUUUAGCUCUCUUCAUACAAUCCAACAAUGGCGCUGUGUUUCGGCAUUUAACACAUACAUACAAAAACAUUCAGAAAGGCUUUCAGUGAACUGUCACUGCCUCCAUAAAUAAUAGCGUGAGCGUGUUAUUAAUCUAAUAAGAUAACAUUACCGUCGAAUCGAAAUAAAAUUUUCAAAAAAACCUACCAAUUGUGCAUAAAAAGGAUUAGAAAUUAUAUUUUAUUUCGCGACUGUCUACACAUUUUCUUCAUUUGUUGCCAUCCGUGCAGUUUGCACUUUAAAUAAAUUUGAUUUACGACUGAAUUAUACGAACGCGCUUUCUUAUCGUAAGAAUUGAUUUCAAGUCUAUCAUCCUUAUCCAAAGUCCACAACACCAAAGUGUAUCCCCCGAGAACAAAGCAAUUGCAACACUCAUUACCACCACUACUACCACUACCAACAACAAGUAUUCCUCGUGUAUUUAGCAACAUGAAUGCCCAAUCAAAAGGUUACCGCGCAGGUGAAGACAUCUACGAUAACAUUUCCUGCGAUGGCUUUUUCAACAUGAAUGCCAUGCGUAUUCAAACCACUUUUCCGCCAAUUGGCACUUUCACUUUGGAUUCUACGCUAGGUCCGCCACCGACUCAAUCGCAAACUCAGCCACCGAUAUCCCAACACCCUCCACCGAUUGGGAUUUUCGACGCUAACGACGUUCCAGAGAUCAUUCAAAAUCCGGCAACAAUCGGUGUGUUCCAAUCAAAUAGCGUUUUGAGUAAUGGUGGAGGUAGUGGUGGCGGGGGCGGUAAUAACUCCUCAUCUAUAUUUAGUUCGCAAUCGAGCUCUUCGUCAGCUGCCAACGAUCCAAGUCAAGCCACUCGUGAGACUGGAAUUAUUGAGAAACUUUUGCAUUCUUAUGGAUUCAUUCAAUGUUGUGAGCGUCAGGCACGUUUAUUCUUUCACUUCUCGCAAUUCAGCGGUAAUAUUGACCACUUAAAAAUCGGUGAUCCGGUUGAAUUUGAAAUGACUUAUGAUCGUCGGACAGGCAAGCCAAUAGCAAGCCAAGUAUCGAAGAUAGCUCCAGAAGUGGUGUUAUCGGAGGAACGAGUUACUGGCACUGUUACAACAGAACUUCGUACUGAUUGCGCUAACAAUUUACUUUCGUCGAACGAGACAACUGGUCGUAUCAGCUAUGAAAAUCGUGGCGAGUGCUUUUUCUUACCUUAUACCAAAGACGAUGUUGAGGGAAAUGUCAAUUUACGCGCCGGCGACAAAGUUAGUUUUCAAAUUGCAACUAACCAAAGAGGUAACCUUGGUGCUUGCCACAUUCGUUUGGAGAAUCCUGCACAGCCUGUUAAGUAUCGUGGUGUUGUAUGCUCCAUGAAAGAAUCGUUUGGUUUUAUUGAACGUGCUGAUGUCGUCAAAGAAAUUUUCUUCCAUUUUUCUGAAGCUGAGGGAAACGUUGAGUUGCGUCCAGGUGACGAUGUGGAAUUUACCAUACAAACUCGUAACGGUCGAGAAUUUGCUUGUAAUAUAACGAGAUUAGCACCAGGAUCCGUUAUAUUUGAGGACGUGGAUACCACGAUCUACAAAGGGCAGGUGUUGAAGCCCCUUGACCGCAAUAAUCCAACUCGGCAAACUAAUGACCCAUUACCCGGUCGUAUACGGUAUCGAGCACCGGACUAUUCGGAAGUAGAAGUUCCAUUUGGGGACAAGGAUCAGAAGGGUGACUUUACUUUGCGGCAUGGCGACUGGGUUCAAUUUUUACUCGCGACUGAUAGGCGCGACCAACUGCAACGUGCUACUUCGAUUUCUUUACUAGAUGAAACCUUUAAGGUUUCUGGUGAGAAGCGUGAGCAAGGUGUAGUUGCUUCACUUAAAGACGGUUUUGGCUUUUUACGUUGUGUUGAACGCAAUUUACGUUUAUUUUUUCACUUUACGGAGGUGUUGGAUACUAGCCGGGAAAUCGCUGUUAAUGACGAAGUUGAAUUUACAGUCGUUCAAGAACCCGGUGUUCCAUACAAUACAUCUCGCUUGCAUGCCAUUCGCAUAAAGCACCUACCACCAAACACGGUGCAGUUUGAGAUGCUAAUGGCAAGUAAUAUUGAAGGCUCUGUAACACGUGAGGCGCCUAAAAGUCCUGUCAAGUCCCAAGAUCGUGUAGAAGGCGGUGUGAUCACAUAUGAUCACGGUGAUGUCAAAAAGACUAUAAUGUAUUUCCUUAAAGACUGCGAGAAACCACCAAGAAUUGGAGAUCGUGUACGAUUCGAUAUCUACUUGGUAAAACGAAACAAAGAAUUCAUUGCUGUAAAUGUACAACUAAUUGGACAAAUGCAACAAAUACAUCAGCAACAAUUGCAACAACAACAACAACAGCAAUCACAACAUAUGUUAAUCAAUACAACGAACCAACUACAACAUCAACACAUGCACAACCAAAACAAUGAGCAAAUGCUACUGUCCAAUGGUGUCGGGGUUGGUCUUACAACCGGCAUUGGUGUUAACGUCGGAAUCGGAGGUAACACCGGUGGUAUGUUGAUUCCACCACAAAACGGUUAUUUACCACAGACUAAUUCAACUCAGCUGCUAUCCACACCAAAGAUUGAAGACUUCAAAUUGGACAAUAAUAAUUUAGCAAUGAGUGAACAUGGACAAACUUACCGUGGCUUUAUUGCUGUCAUCAAAGAAAAUUUUGGGUUUAUUGAGACGCUUUCCCAUGAUGAAGAAGUCUUUUUUCACUUUAGCAAUUAUGUUGGCAACCCUAACUGGUUGGAAUUGGGUCAAGAGGUUGAAUAUACCCUUUCGCCGAAUGGAAACACAUCCGCCUCUGGAAACUGCUUACCGGCCGAGAAUGUGCGCACACUACCAAAAGGUUCCAUACCACAGCCAGCCAUUUUGGAUGCAACUCAUAAUGGCAUAGUGGCACGUCCACUACGUUGCAUCAAUCCCGAUCAACAGGAAUAUGCUGGACUUAUUGAAGUUUUGGAUGAAACUAAACAAAGUGUUUUGACACAGCACGAAUUCGGAAUCACCAGUUUGGUAAAUAAGCGCGAUUUGCUACAAAAAGGUGAUUUGGUCACAUUCAAGAUUGACGAAAUCGGACGUGCUGCUGAUAUAAAUGCUGUACGACAAAAGAAACGUGCAACUGUUGAUUCAAUUAAAGGACAAUUUGGUUUUCUCAAUUAUGAAAUUGAGGAUGGCAAAAAGCUCUUCUUUCACAUGUCGGAAGUGCAAGGCAAUGCCGUUGCUUUACAUCCAGGUGAUACUGUUGAAUUUUCGGUGGUUACCAAUCAGCGCAAUGGUAAAUCAUCAGCUUGCAAUGUACUGAAGAUUAACGAUCGACCAGACCGUUUAAUAUCCCGCUUAAAGUUAAAUGCAGACGAUACUGUGCCACGAUUAAUCAUCACUCGAGCACCACGAGGACCGCAAAGCAAGGGUUUCUUGCCUCAAGCACGCAUUGCACGUAUUCCAGGCAUUUUAAUUGAAUAAAUUACAGCAGUAUACAUACAUUUCUGGAAGGCGUUGUAGCCUUACAUGAUUUAAUAUCCGCAACACCACAUGGAAUAAAAAAUGAAUAAAGAUAAAUUGAGGGUGCAGGAUAAGCGAGGAGGAGGGAGCAAAUAAAUAUUAUUUAACAGAAUUUAUAGUAUAUAUGUAAGCAGUGUGGAGUGCUUGAAUAUAAAUAUUUAGAAGCAAAGAAAUGCGUAAGGCCACAUCUCUUCCUCAGAAAAGAAAAUAAAUAUGGCAUAUUUAUUAAUAUGAAUACUAAAAUAACACAAUACAAAAUAUCUUAAAUAAAGGAAUACAGUAAUAAAAACAAAAUAUGAACUGCUUGAGUAAAAUGACAAAAUGAAAUAAAAAAGAAGUAUAUGAAAUAUGACAGAGAUUGUAAGCAUGCAAUGCAUAUGCGCGAUAGAAUACAGCUCAACAUUGCUUAUCUCUCUAUUUAUAUUUAAACAAUUUACGGAAAAAAUGCCAAAGUGCAAACGGAUUUUUAAUUAUAAUUUUUAUUUCUAUUUGAAGUUAAUAAUAAUACCAUUAUGAUGAGUAUUCAAACAUGUUUGAAGUUCAAAAUUAAAUGAAACUGCUGAAGUAGACACGAGUCAAUGGAGUGAUAGUUGGAAUAUAAACAAAAGCCACGGUAAAAAUGCAAGAAACACAUAUAACUAAACCAGUAUCAGAACGAUAACAAAUCGUGCUCAUUUAUUUAUUGUCCACUUCUAUCUUUUAUUAUCAUAUAUAUAGUUUAUUUUCACGGAAGAAAUUCCUUUUACUUAUAUGAACAGUUAAUGUGACUAAAUUGAAAUUAUUAUAAAAGAUCAACAUACAAUCUAAAAUCCAUGAAAACUACCCUAAUAACAAAAGCUAAGGCCUAUUAUUAAGUAAAUGCAAAUACCAAGAGGUCUGUCAUCCAAGCGUAAUCAUAUUCAUUCACUUUGUGUUAAGAUUCUCAAUUACAUACAUUCAAUUUCUGAUGUUUUCUGUUGUACAAAAUCACUGGUACAAUGCCAUAUUAAGACUACUGUAUGAACUUUUCAUACCAUUUUGGUACAAACAAAAAGUUUCUGUUGUCUCAUUUUUACAUAUUACAUUGAUUUAACAAAGUUAAUUAUAUUUGGCGGUGCGCUCCCUUGAAUUGCUUGUUUAGUAUUUUUAACAAAGAAUAUAUAUUCUCAUUCUUUCACAUACAUAUUAAUGGAAAUAAUUACACGCAUACCUAUUGUGUCACACAUAAUCGUAAUAUGCUGCGAAAGCAAUUAAAACAAAUGAAUAUUUUAAAUUUAUAAUUUUUAUUAACGUAUUUCCUUUGAAAACCAAUAAAAGUUAAAACUUUCAAGAUGAUGUAAAUGAAGCGAACACACAAAAUUAAACCAAGUUUAGUAUUUAAUUAUAAAAUAUUAUUUAUAUGAUUACAAAUGAUUUAUUAUUGUAAUAAUGGUGAUGAAUUGAAAACUGUUGCACUAAAUCAAACAAUUAAAUGGUAAAUUUAAGGUAGCGAAUUCAAUUUGCUCCUUUCAUUUGCAAAAUACACAUAUAUAAAGAAUAAAUUAAAAAGGCAACAAAAAAAUAAUAAUUUAAGUAAAUAAGAAACCCCCAAAAUAAGCAAAACCAUAAAAAAAGUAAAAAUAAAGUAUAUUAAAAUAUUUAUAAUAAUAUCCAAGAAAACAAUGAAUUUCAAUUACAUUCAAAAUUGGGAUCAGUCCUGCAGCCAUGUUAAAAUUAUAACAACAUACAAAACCAAAAAUAUAAAAAGAUUGAAAUGGAAGGAAUAUAUAUUUGUUUGAAUAUCAAUAAAAACGAAACAUCAAAAACAUCACAACAACAAACAUGAAAAACAUAAAACUGCAAAAGUAACAAGAUGCAAACUCUAUGAAAUCAAAUAAAAUAAAUACAUACUUCACUAAAGCUAUAA